AUGAAGAGCAAAUCGUCACCGUCGAAGAAGAAUCCACCUCCGGCAGGCGAAGAACGAGAAGCCCACGAUCCGAGUAAAACGCAGCUGCAGAUUGUGGACACCAGGCCCACCUCAUCCAUGAUCAGAUCAUCUGUCGAGUUGCCACGUGGUUGGGUCGUCGAGCAACGGCCACGUGUUAACUCUGCAGCCCGUCCCGGCCGAGUUGACUGGUAUUACUAUGAAGCUGGGUCUGGACGGCAGUUUCGUUCCCUCACAGCUGCUCAGGAGUACCUAUGUGGAGACAUGGAAUAUACUCGUAGACCACCAAGAGUGAAACCUGGCAAUGAAAAUUCUAAGCAAAUUGUGCCCCACGUAUUCAGGAGUGCUUCACCGUUCAUGCUGCGUCAUGAUUGGAUUGUUGAGGAAAAGCCCCGUACCAAUGUUAGAUAUGCUGGAGUGAUUGACAGGUAUUACAUUGAGCCUGGGACUGGACAGCGAUUUCGUUCCAUGAUAUCUGUUGAGAGAUACCUUUCAGAGAUGGAAGCAAGUGGAGCUGCAUCCGAGCCAUCAAGGCCACCUGGUUCUCGGAAGAAAUUAAAAUCUGCUGUGGAGGUUGAUCCAAUGCUUGAUUUUACCAGCCCUACAGCAAAAGUAAAGUGGGUUCUUGGUGGAUCUGGUGGAAGUCCAUGGAACCCAUUUAUGGGUGAAUCAGUGGUUCCAGAAUUUGUACAGCAAACAUGGUCCGACACAUUUAUAUUAUUCAUGAAGGACAAGUUUUGUCGUGUGUAG